CAUUUUCUCUCUCUGGCGGCUUCUAGGCUACAGGCCGCCAGCCGCUGGCCAUCGGCAACAUGCACGGCUUCCUCGACAAGUGUUGGCUGCCAGUGUUCCACGUGUGAUCGUCUUCAGCAGGCUCUCCAUCCACAACGAGUGAAGCACCAACCAUCAAAGAACGAGUAACAUCUGUCAUUCGUUGCAUAGGUUAGCUGCUACUACUACUACUGGUAUGUACGUACAUACAUACUGAUGAAGCAUGUUCAAGAUUAAAUAAUUAAAUUAGAUAGGUAGCUCGUCCUCUUACUCGUCUUAAUCACUAUUGACGACUAGUGAAACAGCAGCCAUCAAAGAUUGAGGAACAUCCUUGAUUCGUUGCACACCUGCACAGGAAAAAUGUCAACUGCUGUCCCAACCGAAAGUAGUAAGCCUAAGAGGUGGAAUGCUCGUGGGAAUCGCACUGACCCUGGCUGGGAACAUGGAGAAGAAGUAGAUGCUGAGAAGAGGACAACAAGAUGCAAGUAUUGCCUUCUAGUUAAAGGUGGAGGUGUCUACAGACUGAAGCAUCACUUGGCUGGGACAAGGUUUAAUGUUGAGCCUUGCAAAAAAGUUCCCGAUGAUGUUCGAAAAAAGUUUCUCAAACUUCUGGGGGUCCAAGCAGAGAAGAAUGAUGCAAAGAAGAGGAAGUUUAACACAGAAAUGGAGGAGACAGGUGCAUGUUCGAAGGAGAAUACUCCUGCUGAUAACAAUGAAGAUGAGGCUGCGACAAAUUGUUUCGCUAACAAGCGUAGAGCCCAAACAACACUGAAUCAGUUUUACAAGAAAGAAGAGAGGUAAGAGGUUUGUGCUCAAAUUUGUCGGGUCUUCUAUACCAAUUCUAUCUCAUUUAAUGUUGUCAAGGACCCAUAAUUUAUAAAGAUGAUUGAAAUGAUUGGAAACUUUGGUAAAGGUUUUAAACCUCCAUCAUAUCAUGAAGUGAGGGUAAAAUUUCUCAAGCUGGAAGUUAAGAGAACAAUGAAUUUGCUCUCUGAAUACAAAGAAGAGUGGAAAAAGACAAGAUGUACAAUUAUGUCUGAUGGAUGGACAGAUAAAAAGAAAAGGUCCAUCUGCAACUUUUUAGUGAAUAGCCCCAAAGGUAUUGUCUUUCUCGCCUCAGUCGAUACUUCUGACAUUUCCAAGACAGCGGACAAAGUGUUUGAAAUGUUAGAUGAUAUUGUUGAGCAAGUAGGAGAAGAUAAUGUUGUUCAAAUUGUAACGGACAAUGCCGCUAACUAUAAAGCAGCUGGUGAGCUAUUGAUGGAAAAGAGGAAAAAUUUAUUUUGGACUCCAUGUGCAGCUCAUUGUAUUGAUUUAAUUCUUGAGGAUUUUGAAAAGAAAAUUAAGAUGCAUCAGACAACCAUUACAAAAGGGCAGAAAAAUCACCACGUAUGUUUAUUCUAGAACAAUGGUUCUUUCUUGGUUGAGAGAGUUCACUGGAGGGAAGGAUUUAGUUAGGCCAGCAGUGACAAGAUUUGCUACUGCCUAUUUGACUUCGGGUUGUCUGCAUGAGCACAAGGGCGCAUUAAUCAAUAUGUUCGCUUCAACAAAGUGGAGGGGUAGUAGAUUUAAUUCUGCAGAAGGGAAGGUCGUUCAAGGAAUUGUUUUGGAUAGCUAUGGGUUUUGGCCUAAUAUUGCCACAUGUCUGAAGACUGCACUCCCAAUUAUAAAAGUUCUUCGAUUGGUGGAUUCAGAUGAGAAGCCAGCAAUGUCGUUCAUCUAUGAUGAGAUGGAUCGUGCAAAAGAUGAAAUAAAGCAAAAUUUUAACUAUGUGAAGAAAAGCUACACUCCAGUAUUUAAUAUAAUUGAUGAGAGAUGGCGUACACAACUUCAUAGGCCUUUGCAUGCUGCCGCAUAUUAUUUGAAUCCACAAUGCCACUAUAGUGAUAAUUUCAAGCCGGCUGAAGUAAAACGUGGCCUGUACACUUGUCUUGAAAAGAUGGUUCUAGAUUUAGAUGAAAGAGUCAAGAUAGAUCUGCAGAUUGAUUCAUUUAGGAGUGCCGAGGGCCUAUUUGGAAUGCAAUCGGCUAUUAUGACAAGAACAAAAAAAAAUGCCAGCUGAUUGGUGGGAUUCGUAUGGAGAUGAUUGCCUUGAGUUGCAGAGGUUUGCAAUUAGAGUAUUGAGCUUAACUUGUAGUUCGUCAGGUUGUGAGCGAAACUGGAGUACAUUUGAGCAAGUUCACUCAAAGAAAAGAAAUCGUCUGAACCAAGAUAGGAUGAAUGAUUUAGUUUUUGCCAUGUACAAUUCGAAACUGAUGAGCAGACAACGCAGAAGGCAACGACAGGUUGAUGAAUGGAUAACUGAAAAAGAAGAGCCUGUCCUUCCUCCACAAAAGGAAUGGAUCCGUUGUCUUGAGAGGAUUGCUCAUAAUGAAGCUGCUAUGGGCAAAGAAAUUGAAAGUGACAUUGAAAAUGAUGUAGAAAAUAUUGUCAACAUCCUGGCUGAAACACGUGAUGGUGAUCUCGGGGUGGAUCAAGAUCUUGAUGCACCUACUUAUGAAGAUGCUGAUAUUGAAAACAACAAUACCAGCGAGCAAAAUGUUCUUGAUGGCAACAAUUCAGGACCUUCCUCGUACUGUGUUGGGAGUUCUAGUGGUACAAUACCACCUAUGAAUGAGGACGACGAUAUCAACUUAGACGACUUGUACUGAUUAAGUUGGCUUCUAUUUCUAGUUAGUUAAACCUUUGUGCUUGUUGAAAAUUUGGAUUGGAUGCCCUUUGUUUGCUUUUGGACAUGUUAGUAUGCCAC